UCCUUUUGAAGGGUAGGGGAGAAAGAAGGAAACUGGAAUUUCGGGGGUUCUCUUCUCUCUCAAGUCUGAGUCCGAGUUUGCGAGAUCAUCAUCUAUCUGUGAAAGGAAUUAGCUAAUUCUGCUCAUAGACUAUCGGCUCUCUUCCGUUGCUUCUCUCAUCUAAUCUUCGAUCCAAGAAUCAAAGGCAGGCAGCAAAGAAAUGGGUCAAGCCUUUCGCAAGCUGUUCGAUACCUUCUUCGGCAACACCGAGAUGCGAGUAGUGAUGCUUGGCUUGGAUGCAGCUGGUAAAACAACCAUACUAUACAAGCUGCACAUUGGAGAAGUGUUAUCUACUGUCCCUACAAUUGGCUUCAACGUGGAGAAAGUGCAGUAUAAGAAUGUGGUAUUUACAGUUUGGGAUGUUGGUGGACAAGAGAAACUCAGACCACUUUGGAGGCAUUACUUUAAUAAUACAGAUGGGCUGAUCUAUGUCGUCGAUUCCUUGGACCGAGAGAGAAUUGGGAGGGCAAAGGCAGAAUUUCAGGCCAUCAUCAGUGAUCCAUUCAUGCUCAACAGUGUCAUCUUGGUAUUCGCCAAUAAACAGGACAUGAAAGGAGCAAUGACACCGAUGGAGGUUUGUGAAGGACUGGGGCUUUUUGAUUUGAAGAACAGAAAGUGGCAUAUACAAGGGACUUGCGCGUUGAGGGGAGAUGGCCUUUAUGAGGGCUUGGACUGGUUGGCUGGGACACUCAAGGAGAUGAGAGCCGCUGGCUACUCUUCUGUUGGAACCUCAUCCUUCUGAUCUUCUGGUGUAUGGAUAUCAAUGUCAUUGUUGGUUCUGCUGGUGAAGAAGCUUAAAAGUGUUGGGCAUUUACAUUUUGAAGUCAAGAUAACUAUAUGUUGAGAGUCUUCAGGUCGCAUGUAUCAACUCGAGAUAUUGGUAGAUGUGCUCAGCUGAGUAAGGGCUAACUUGUUCCUCAUCCCGACAUGUUUUUCUGUGUAUAUUGCAGGCACAGGUCCAUUUCCAGAGCAGCUCAUUCUGGCUAGUGGUUAUGCCAUCUUUUCAUCUUCUGCGUUAAAGAUGCCUUCUUUUUUCAUAUUUUUUAGGCUGAGUGAACUUGAGGGGUACUCACGCUGACAUAAUUCGUCAAUUGCAGAACAUGGAACUUGCGUGAAUAACAAAGAACGGAUGUUUGGGUACAAA